UCGAUCUAUCUCUUUCCCUCCAUCAACCGCCAUUGACACAUCGAUCGACAUCACUCUACGUUUCACGCGUCUUUUGUUCGUCGCAAGUGAGUCUCGCGCGAAAAUAAGUAUCAGGAGUGUGAGACAACAGUGAUGCACGAUCGCCGGAACGUGUCGCAGCUGUCACAGCGCUGGAUUUCGGCGACCGGGAAGCACUACCACUCGGGGACUCGUAGGGAGGUCCCCCAACCGGAAGAGACCGCCGUAAGGCGGUCAACAAAUCAGGCAUGGAGCAGUUCGAGCAGCUGCUAACCUGCGCGAUCUGUCUGGAUCGAUACAGAAAUCCGAAGCUCUUACCAUGCCAACACAGCUUCUGCAUGGAGCCGUGCAUGGACGGCCUCGUCGAUUACGUUCGUCGACAGGUCAAGUGUCCGGAAUGCCGCGCCGAACAUCGUAUACCGUACCAGGGCGUGCAAGCUUUCCCGACCAAUGUGACACUGCAACGUUUCCUGGAGCUGCACAUCGAGAUCACGGGCGAACUGCCGGACCCCACCAGCGGCCAGACCAUGGAACGCUGCGGCGUCUGCUCCGAGAAGAGCUAUUGCGCCCUGUGCGUGCACUGUGAGAAAAAGUGCUGUCCCGAGUGCAAGGACGCGCACAUGGACAUCUUGAGGCGCGAAAUCACGCGCAUCAAUUCACAGGUGCGCCGGGGUCUACACAGGCUGCAGGACGCGCUGGCCCUGGUGGAGAAAAACACACUGGGUCUGCAAACAAACUGCGCCUCGGUCGCCGAGGAAGUGGACGAGAUUUAUCGGAGGCUGAGCAAGGCUUUGAAAGACCGCACGGAACAUCUGCGUAACGAGGUCGAUCGAUACCUCGGCACCGAGCUCAGAGGCCUGAUUCAACUCAAAGAGAAUCUCGAAUUGGAGAUCGCGAAUAUCCAGAGCAACUGCGACCUGGCGGAGGCGCACAUAAACGAAAAUGUACCGUGGGACGAUGCCGAGCUGCUGGACACAAAGGAGCUUUUCCUACGUACCGUGGAAUUUAUCAGGAACUUCGAAUACGAAGCGGGGGAUUACAGCCGACGCGUCCGCUUCGUGAUGGCGCACGAUCCGAAUCAGCUUGUCCUACACAUGGCGGGUUACGGCGAAUUGAACAUUAAACCCGAGAGCGGGAGCGGCGGAUUGCUGGGUAGCUCCAGCAGUUUAGCCCCACCUGGAGGCUCGCCCGGCCUCAUGAGAAGCAAGAGCGAUCACCGCCUCGCCUCGCAGUACAGGCAGCAAGAAGAGGAACGUCUGGCCAGGAAUCGAUACGUGCCCGAAUACGAGUACGAUGCGCCCGAGUACGAAGUGCCCAGGAACAAGUCCCGGUACAGGAGUCGAUUCAUGCGUCACCGCGACGGCGACGAUUCCGACGGCGACUCCCGGUCGACGGUGAGGUUCACGUCGGAGCGGCAGGAGCCGUCGGCCUUGCGAGAGCGCGUGCUGGACACGGAAGACGCCGCACGCGGACCCCUUUCCGGCAUAUUUCGCCUCACGGACUCGCCGCGGGUCAUGAAGAAGCUUCAGGAGUGUGAGCGAGCCGGCAAGAGAAAGAAGGAGGACUCAGCGAACCAACAGACCGUGGUGCAACAGCCCCAACCACCUAAGUCUCAGGUGCAAGUGAGAAAGGUACCGAGCGCGGUGGCGAGGCAGACCAGCGAGGACGACGAGAUCUCGAGGAUCAAGAAGCAGAACAAGAGCGCGACGACGGUCGCCCACCCCGAAACGGUGGAGGAGAGACAGCCGACGGCGCCUGCUCCUCCGACCCAUCCACCGCCGAGGGAACUCCCAGAGCGGGAAGUCGAGGAGCCGAUCAGGCGGUCGGCGAUCAGCAGGAGAACUUCGGCGGAAACUCACCCUCCCCCCGCGGCCAGAAGCGCCUCGUCGGACUCGAGCACCGGCUCCGAGAGCUCGACCGGGUCGGGGGUUCGCAACACGGGCGCGCCUUUCACGGCCGAGGAGAUGAAGCAGAAAUACUUGUCAAGGGCGCCGCCGACUAACACGACUACCACCUUGUCGACCGGGCCGUCUGUCAUCUCCACGACUGGCAAGGAGUCGCCCAACAUCACCUCGCCGACGACAAGGCCGUUUCAAAGCCGUUUUUUAGGCGCAGGUAACCGUGCGGCGCCACCACCGCCGAUCCAAAUGCCACGGGAGGAGCCAACCCCGAAGAAGAAACAGGAAGAGGAGGACGAGGAAGAGGAGACGAGCAGCUCGUCCGAGGAGACGGAGUCGGACACGGAGGAGGAGUCGGAAACAGACGUUCAUCCGUCUAACGCCGCUCCAUCCUCAACCUCCAGCGUCCCUCAAGAUCGUCAGAGGAACGAGUCCGCCAUGGCCCGUACUGAUAUAGGACCUCUGCUCGCUCGCAGCGCUGAAGCCAGGAGGGGUAGCAAGGAGGAUUCGCCUUCCACCAGGUAUUCGUCGCCGAGGGGGAGCCCCGCGCAAUCCGUGACGAGCCCGACGACGACGACGAUGACGAGCCCGGGCGGCGGCGGCAUCGGCGGCGUUGGCGUUGGCGUCACGACGCCGACGGCCACGCCGGGCGGCUACACCAGCAGGACGUUUAGUGACGAUACCGACGUAAGGUCGGUCGCUCGCGUCGAGGACGAUAUAGUAAUCGCGGCUACUACUACUAUUAUUACUACUACUACUACUACUACUACUACUACUACUACUACUACUACUACCACCACUACCACUACCACUACUACAAUCGCGGAUUACGCUUUUAACGCCGACGACGGGGACGCACUGAAGCAGAUUAAACCGCCACCGACGAACACUACCUCGCAAACGGACGCUAUUACGGACACCGACAACACAUCGACCACCUCAUCCUCCUCCCACCUCGCGAUUAGCCCCGAAAGCCUCAUGGAGGGUAGCCGCGGUAGUCGAGUUGCGAGCGUGGCCGAAGACGACGCGUUAGUGGACGGUCGUUCAGGGAACGAUGAGGUCUCAUUACUAACCGGUCGCGAUCACCACGAAUUCAUCUGCGUUGUGACCGAUGACUCCGCGACGAGAACACGCGAGCCUCAAGACUCGCCGUCGGGUUUAUGUUCGCCGGAGGACGUCGUGAGGAACGCGACAGUCGUGGAGCGGUCCGCGUCGGACCUCUCCUCGAGUUUGUCCGCCGAGAUGAUGGACCAGCACAGAGACCGGUCCAAGUCCAAGGACUCGCGAGGUGUGUCUGAGAGCUCGAGCUGCGUCAGUGGGCGCACGAUUUCCGACAGCGAAUCAGAGAGCGAUUCCGAGAGCGGGUCGGAGGACGAGGACGAGGACGAGGACGAGGAAGAGGAAGAGGAAGAGGAAGAGGAAGAGGAUGAGGAUGAAGAGGACGACGAAUCUCGGGAUGAAAAUUGCAACUUGAAGAAGGAGAAGAAAGAGGAGAAGGAGAAGGAACGCGAGCGAUCGAAUGAAGUGGACGAUACAGAUAGCGAGGAGAGCGAAGAGAGCGGAGGCUCCUCGAGCUCCGCCAAAACCGACGGGGAAGCCACAGUGUUGAGCGUCAGCUCGAACACCCGGGCCGACAGCAGUCUGACGCAGUCGGACGAUCUGCGCUAUGAGCUAAAGCGCCGCAGCGCCUCGAUAAUCGACGAAAGGAGCAUCGAGGAAAUGUUCGACGACAAUGGCUGGGUGAUCACCGAGCAGGACCUCCAGACCGAUGUGCGGACGGUGUCCGCGAUCCCGUCGGCUUUCGCGAACGAUUCUAUCGAUCGACCGGUCGAUCAACGACAGACUGAAGACACCACCGGUGAGUCCAGCGACGCAGCUGGGACUCGUCCGGAGGAAACCAUUCCUAAAAUCGCUGAGGGUAGCCCGGACGAGGCGUCCGGCAACGUCGAAAUGGCACCCUCGAGCGAGCCAUCACCAGCGCCUGAGGAGACUCCGCUGCCGAGGAGUCGCGUCUAUCGGCAAAGCAGCCUCGGCAAGAACGGCUGGCUAGUGUCCGACGAGUCCGAGAGCGAGUCUGACCGCGCGACCUCGCCGGGCGAAGUGGGCCAUGAGGCGGCGCGAGUCGACAUGGGCGACAUCGACGAGAACGGCUGGGUGAUACUCGACGAUGACAACGAGGACGACGAGGACGACAAUGAAGACCAAGAUGACGGAGAAGACGCGGGGGCCCGCGGCGCGAAGAACACUGCGAGCGCGAUUCGUUCCCAAACGACCGACCUCCUAACGAAAAGUAACAUCGAGAACGGCGCGUUACUCGCGAAGGCUACCCAGUCAAAGGGCACCGAGUCGCCCGGCGAGCACGAGGAAACGCCCGGUGCCAAUAUCAGUAUACCAAUGCAAAUGCCGAUCGUAGUGCACCUCAAGACGCGCACACGCUCGAAUCCCGGCUACGUUGUACUCGAGGAGACAGUCAGGUCUGCGUGCGUGUACGGAUGGUAUAGGACGCUUCGGCUCUGCAAGAUGCCUCACGAAUCUAUGGUGAAAAGUGCGACGCAUCGGUGGACGCCGAUGGUUGCACUCGCCCAUGGAGCUGGGAUCGAAUUAAAUCGAUGGCCGUUUCGUAAGCAUAGAUUCCUCAACAAGAGCAGGAGCCAGGCGGCGAUGAUGGCGUCCCGCGAGCGGGAACGUGAACGAGAUCGCGAACGGGUACGGGAACGCGAAAGGGACGCGGACGCAGAGGUAGAUUCACCGCUGUCGGCGAGAUCGCGCUACGCCGCUUUAAAAGAGCGCCGGCAGCGUCUGGCGCGUUCCCGGAGCUCCCACAACUUCGGCGGCGACGAUCUCGAUCUCGACGAGGACCCGCCGUCGCCGACUACCCAAUCACCGAACGCCUACCUGGCGGCCAAGUACGGCGCCGGCUCCGAGCUGGCCCGCAGCCGCAGCACCCACGCGCUGAAGUCGCGCGAGCCGAGCCCGGAACGAGAUCGCCCGGGCGCCGAGAAGGACGGCGCGGCUUUGAGCUCGUGGGCGCGGUACUUGAAGAACAAGUACGGCAACCGCACCACCAAGGACAAGGAGCCGCCCUCCUCGUCCUCCACGAUACCCUCAUCCAGCACCAGCGCAACCUCGAGGCGGCUGUCGUUGGGCUUACCUCUCAGGCACGCCGGCCAAACAUCAUUCGAAUCUUCUGACGACGACCAAAAAAACCCGUCAGGCUCCCCCACGUCCCCUACAGCAGCUCCCGUUAUACCCGCGGCAGCAGGUUCCUCCACUAGCAGUGGUCGGAGGAGUCAUUACUUGCUGAAGCGGCGGCAGCUGUUUAAGUUCGGGAUGCGGGGGAGCGAAGCCGGAUGCUUUACCUGGCCGAGAGGCCUCGCGGUCGGCCCGGACAACUCCAUCGUCGUGGCCGACAGCUCAAAUCAUCGUGUUCAAGUAUUCGACGGUAAUGGAAACUUCAUGAAGGAGUUCGGAACAUACGGGAGCGGCGAGGGUGAAUUCGACUGCCUCGCCGGAGUGGCCGUGAACCGGAUCGGCCAGUAUAUCAUCGCGGAUCGUUACAACCACAGGAUCCAGGUGCUCGACCCGUCCGGUCGUUUCCUCAGGGCUUUUGGCUCUCAGGGCACCGCUGACGGUCGCUUCAAUUAUCCCUGGGGCAUCACCACCGACGCCCUCGGCUUUAUCUACGUGUGCGACAAGGAGAACCAUCGCGUACAGGUAUUUCAAUCGGACGGCACGUUCGUGGGCAAGUUUGGCUCCUGCGGUAGCGGACGCGGCCAAUUAGAGCACCCGCAUUACAUCGCGGUGAGCAACACGAACCGAGUGAUCGUCAGCGACAGCAACAACCACCGCGUGCAGAUAUUCGACGUGAAUGGCCGCGUGCUGACAUCCUUUGGCUCGGAGGGCUCGGAGGAAGGCCAGUUCAAGUUCCCGCGGGGCGUCGCCGUGGACGAUCAGGGCUACAUCGUUGUCGCCGAUUCCGGCAACAACCGCAUACAGAUCUUCAGCCCGGAGGGCGCCUUCCUCAAGUCCUUCGGCUGCUGGGGCAGCGGCGACGGCGAAUUCAAGGGUCUCGAGGGCGUCGCCGUCACCUCCACCGGCAACAUCGUCGUCUGCGAUCGCGAGAAUCAUCGGGUCCAAGUAUUUUGAACCCGUAGAUCUCGUGCGCGACUCGACCGGCAAGCUAAGCGAGUUGGCGCGCGUUCGCGUUUAUUAAUCGAGCGUUAAUAAGUGGGCGAAUACAAAUUAGCUGGCACCUCCGAGUAACGUCUCAUAUACUCUUAGGUGUCAUUCAACAAUUACGUCACAUCAUGAAGGGAUGAGCUUACGUGACGGUUUAUGAUAACUGCGGGUGAGUAAAGAACGUCACACGUACCCUACAUUCAAAAUUGUUAUAUCUGAAAAUAUUAUAUUCUAUAGAUAUAAUUUAAUUUUGUGUUAAUAAUCAAAUGUUUUUGAAAAUCUUGAAGAGUUUAUUUAAAAAAGAAAACAAAUUUUACUAAUUAAGAUUAUGAAAUAAAAUAAUUGAAUCGAUAUUAUGCCUAACAAAAUUAUUUGUGUUUUAGAAAAAAAUAGCAACGUGGUGUAAUAAUUAUUAUUUAAAACAUAAUCACAAGCUGUUCUUUCUUAUUCUGUGUGAGGAGAGGAGGAUAGCUCCACAUAUCACAUAAUAUUGAAAGGUGGCUCAAACUUUCUGAUGGAAGAGAGAAGGGAAGAUAAAUAAUAUUCAUAUUUUGCGUGACGUAAUUAUUGUAUGGCCCUUCGUGUGCUUGAUGAACACUUGGAUUAGCAACUUAAUUCAAGAAGGGCGAAUAUGCCCGAGGCCGGUAACUUUGAAUACUCUCACUUCUUUAUUUUGCAAUUUAAAAUACGCGACGAACAUUUAGAGAAGUUGGAUGUUGUCGGGACAACGGCAAAUAAUGUCCCCUCGCGGAUAAAAAUGAAAAAUUAAAAAAAAAAUAGCAAAAGUACGAUUAAAUAUAGGAAGACUUCAAUAUGUCGACAGAAAAAUUGUAAAAAUGUCAUAAAAAAUAUUGCAAGUUUAGUAUACAUAUUUCGUGAAACGGGGGUUUUCCAGAUCAGCGAGUUUUAUUCGAAACACUUUCGCGGAAGCGACCCCGUCAACGAAUGGGAUGUUGCGUUUUGCCGCUUGUUUCGCUCGAAUAUUAACACGGUUGCCUCUUUUCAUGAAAUUCUCUCUCCUCUGCCCCCCUCCCCACAUCGGAAAAUUCUCCCGCGACCCUUAAAAAGUUCAACAUAAUUCCCUCUUCGCUCUCCGCCGUCGUUCGAUGACGUAACACACAGAUUUAUCGCGCUGGUAGUUUAUUAUUCGCUGUAAUAAAAAUACGGGAAUAAUCCCCGUCGCUUUGCGACGAGCCGCGCAAAGUCGUUCCAUUUGGCCAUAUUAAAAAUCUAUCGUGGUGAAAACGACAAUUAACAACUAUCCAUUUCUUAUUGCGCCGAUGAAUAAUUGGCGAUCGGCAUGAUUGCUUCGAAAGGAUUCUUCUGAAUUAUACGUUUGUACUUAUUGGCAAUUAACAGAUGACAUUAACGAAACUCGCCGCUUACUCUGCACUAAUAUUUCCCUCACGUACACUGAGAGAAAAAAAAUUAGUUGAUCUAACUAAAAUUAUAGUUACUUUUGGCUCCCCCAAACACAUUUUUUGUGGUAAAGUGGUAGCAAAGUAACAUGCAUAUGAGGUUAUUAUCACUAACAUUAUAGUAGAAUUUAAUUAAAAAGAAUGAUUCUUGCAACCAUAAUUUAUAGUAAUUAUUUCUUUAUGUGGUUAUAGUUACAAGUGCCAUUUUUUUCUCACUUCAAGGGAAGUUGCGGAAUUGUCCCCCCCGAUUUUGAUGCGCUUGGAUAUGUUGUAGAGCAUCAAAAAGUAGUCGACACGUAUUUUUUUUUAUCGGCCAUAUAUUGAGUUUAGGGGUUGAAACAGCCCCUUGAAAAAAAAUUACUUUUCCAUUUU